GUGAGUCGGAGUCGGCACUUCCUCGUCCCCCAACCCAAGCCAACCCCCGAAAGCACCCCACCCAAAUCCGACGAGCCGCAGGAAGACGCGAUGGCCAGCGGCAGCGGUGGCGUGGGCCGGGGCGGGGGCGGCCGCGGCCGUGGUCGGGGCGGCGGAGGUCAACUCCCCGGCCUCGGCGCCGGGAUCACCCACAGGGAGUGCGAGUCCUGCCGCGCCGCGCCCGGCAUCCCCUUCUGCCGCGUCGAGUGGUCCUUCCUCUGCGCCGGCUGCGCCGCCGUCGUCCACGGCCAGAGCUGGAUCGUCGCCGUCCCCCCCGGCCCAAACCCUAGCCCCAGUCUUAACCCCGUCGUCCCCAGCCAUUACCCUUCGCCUUUUGCUUACCAAUACGCCUUCGCUAGCCCUAACCCUAACCCUAGCCCCCCUCCUCCCCCUGCCGCUAUCUCCGUUCCUAAUCUUAACCCUAACCCUAGCCCCAACGAUAAUCUCAACCACGUGGUGCAGCUGUCGUCGGACGAGGACGAGCAGUCUGCCGGUGAGGACGGUGACGGUAGCGGCGGCCGAAAACGUCGGCGGUCGUCGGUGGAAGGGGAGAGUGCCCCUGGGCGGGAAGCCAGCAUGAUGAGGUACAAGGAGAAACGGAAGAGCCGGAACUUUGAUAAGACGAUCCGAUACGAAUCCAGGAAGGUGCACGCGGACAUGAAACCGAGGGUCGGUGGGAAGUUUGUGAAGACGGCGGAUGGUGUCGGGGAAGAAGGGGAUGAUGGUGCCGGUGGAGAAGGAGGGCACUAUAGCGGUGGCGAUGAGGCAAGAGCGGAAUCGAGUGAAGAGGGUAGGGCCGAUGCUGUUGAGGAGUCGACCGAUCAAGGUGAACAGAUGAGACCGGUGGAGGCUGGCGAGAUGGUGGCCACAAGUCCAAGCUUUGAGGUGGAGCAGUUUGAUGGAGGAGUGGACUUGGGGCAGAUGGAUGCCGGUGAAGAAGUGGGACUAUUGUGAGUUUCGUUAUGAACUCGUGCUUGUUCUGUAGAUUUGGGUUGCUUGCUCAAGAAAAUAUUUUUCCCAGAUAGGAUGACUUCUUCAGGAAGGGAAAGCUGCUAAGAGGAAUGAUUCCACCCACCGUGGGGAAACCUGAAGUGGCAAGCAAAACCAGCAAGUCUUGUGGGUCGAUAGACUGCUGAUAGAUUUGGGGCCAUGUGACCGCCAUCACAGCCUGUGCCACAAAAUGCUUCAUGCUCAUCUGAUCCAAAAUGCUUGCCUUGAA